AAUAGCAUUUCACUGAAUCUCUAUACGAGUUCAUUGAAUGUCUACUGUCAUAAUGUUGAAUAUCUGGUAUUAAUUUAUUCACCAGAAUAAUUGGCAACUUGACAGUAAUGCAAAACAUGCAACUUGAGCCAUGUCUUUCAAUGGCCAAGUCACAUUAUCCCAUCUGCAUGCCAGCUCUGUCUAUUUUUAUCACCCACAAACACCUGACAUCCACAUCCAGACAAACUUGAAGCAACUGGACUGGGAGCUUCUGGAAAUCCGUAUUUCAUUAGGACUUGGGAUAUGCUUGAUAGUGCUAAGAACCCUGCAUAAAUGGGCAGGAACAGGAAUUCUGCUGUGGGCCUGCACAGGCACUGCGAGACAUGCUAUAGCCAGCGCUGCAGGGCCCCCGUGGAGAUCUCAGUCUCUUGUAUAACCAUCAGCUGCCGUCUGCUCUGUAGCGCUGUCUUCCACCUGUGCAAGGAGGAGGAGCACCAGCUCCUCUGCCCCAAUGAGAAGGUGCCCUGCCUCAAUGCCCACUAUGGCUGCCCCUUCACCAUGGUCCGCUCCAAACAGGCCCAGCACCUAGAGGUAUGCCCGGCGAGUGUGGUCUGCUGCUCCCUGGAGUGGAACCGCUGGCCCAUGGAGGAUAUGAAUGCGGUCUUCUAUGACAAAAUCCUGAAGGAGCAGCACUCUGAGGAGCAGCUGGACCUCUCCAUGGCACUCAGAGACCAGACGCAUCUUUUCAGCUCUCUGAAAAUGAAGGUCAUUUUUGCUGAGCUGACCAAGAAUGCGGAGGAACCCUGCCCUGUGGAAGUUUCUGGGGCGGUGGGUGGCAUGGCCUCAGAGGAUGGGGCUGGCACUUCCAUUCAAUCCGGCGCAUCGCUGUAUUUACACCCCAAUGACCCAGAAAUGCAAGAGUUGACCCAAGAAGAACGUGAGGCUCUGGCCAGGGACAGGAAAGUGACAGGGUUGAAGAACUACAGCUUGUGGGAGAAAAUGUUCAGCAUGGAUAAGGGUGGCUGUGACUAUGCUGUUCAGGCUAUGAGCAAUGAGAAACCCGUUGAGAAGACAUCAUCAUCACAGCAAAUGACUGUGCUACAGGAAGUGCCUCAGGAGAACUAUAGCAGUGAUAUCACCAUGCUCACUGAUGUCACCGAAACAGACUUGGAUUCUUGGGAGAAGGGAGCUAUCAACAGCCAAGAGAAAGGGGCCAGUAUGCCAGAGAACAUUAAGUACGUGGCGCAGAAUGGGAAAAUAAUGGUUGAAAUUGGGCAGGUUGCCCCUUGUGCUCCCAAACCAAAGCACUUUGUUUACACUUACCUGGAACCCAUGCAGAUCAAAACUGUCCGAACCUUUAAAAUCCCCACCAGCUUCCGGGAGAAGCAGAGCCGCAUCCGGAACCCUUCAAAUAUCCGGAAGAUAAGCAAAGCUGUGGACACGUCCGAUCUAGGAGUCUGCAUGGAAGACAUUCCAAAAUGGGAUGAGAUUCAAGCAACCUUGCUAUGUACUUUGGAGAAGGAGCAGAGAGGGCAUUUAAUUUCUGAGCCUGGUUCAGCAGAUGCCCUGCUUUCUGACAUAGGAACUCAGACAUAUCACUUCCUUUCCACACCAUUCAAGCAAGAUGACACCCUAGCAGACAUUGCUGCCAAUAGGGCUUUGAAGCUGCAUGUACAGAUCCAUGCUGAGUGUGUGACCAAUCGGCACAACAAGGUGAGCUCUGCAUUCACCUUUCUGUGUGGCCAUUUCUACCGUCGUGAUGAGUUUCCCUCACACUUCAAGAAUGUUCACUUGGACAUCCAGUCAGGCCUGAACGGCUGGUUCGAGCAGCGCUGCCCCCUGGCAUACCUUGGCUGCACUUACAGUCAAAAGAGGUUCCAGCCUUCCACCCACAGAGCCAUAGUUACCUACAACCAGGUGCUUAGCACCUUUACCCUGAGACCAGAGGUCUCGCCCUCACUAUAUCAAGGAAUUCGAACUGUCAUCCCGGAAAGAAAGCGUGCCCGAAAUUUUGACUCCCUCAGUAGACUGCCCUUUGAGGUCCUGGUGCACAUUGCUAGCUUCUUGGACAGCUUCACUCUGUACCAACUGGCCCUGGUCUCCAGGCUGAUGAGAGAUGUCUGUGAGGCUCUCCUGCAGGUCAGGGGCAUGGUCUCCCUAAAGUGGGAGAAAAAGACAUACACUCAUGGAAGGUCCUCCUGGAAAUCCAGGAAGAAGGUGUGGCAGUUCAGUAACCUUUCCUCUGCAGUGGAGAGGUGGAGCUUUGACAACAACAUCCCUUCCAUGGCCCAGCACCUGAUGGUCUGUCCCUUCUACCAGACAGAGGAUAAGAAACAGCCAGCAGCCCUGGUCAGCAUGUGUGACCACAAACAAGAAGGAAAGAAGCACCACAGCCUUGUUGCGAUGUUUCUUAGUGACAAAUGAUCCCAAAUAAAUGUUACCAAGUGGUGCAGGCAUAGGUUUAUUUGCAGGUGGCACAAAGAAUACCAUAAAAGCAUGCACAACAAUUACCUAUGAAAUGCAUGUGUGAUGGCAUUUUUCAAAUGCAUGUGUUUGAAAUACUGGUCAUUCCUUACAAUCAUUGAAGUAAUGAGGAUAAGUGAGCUGAUUAAGCAAGAGGGAAAACUGUUAAAACCAGCAUGAGGGAUGCACAAAAUGGACAAAGAUUGUGUGAUAUGCUACAAUAUUUACCAUUUGUUGUUGAAGGUUGUUGGUUCAAUCCCUGGCAUGGCCAACCCAAUAUCCACAAACUGUUAUAGGCUCGAGGGAGGCUGGUGUCACACCUAAGGUGCCCUACCAACACUACUGAAGUGCCCUUGAGCAAGGCACUGACUGCUCCAGGGGGUGCUGCACUCUGACCUCUCUGAUGCAUAUCAUGCAUGUAUGUAGGGGAGAUAAAUGUGAGAUAAAUAUGCAGAAGGGAGGGUUUCAUUCUGCCAGGGUGACAGCAUAUUAAUGGAUAUUAUGUUAGGGAAUGUUCAUGGAUGUACACGUUAAAUCUGUCCAUAGUUCAUAUGUGCAGUAUACGUAUAUCAACCUGUGUUCUGUAAGAUGUUUCUGGUCUUACUUUUUUUAAAAUGCAUAUGAGAUAAUUUAUCUUAUUAUUUUGAUUGUAGAUCCAAGACACAUUGUCAUAACUGUGAUUAAAGUAAUUGUCA